AGCCCAAGGAGUGAAGAAUUGAGCAUCCAAUUCAAUUGUGGAAAGCAUGGCUAAUUUCCUACAUUUGACUACUUAUUGGAUUGUUAUUAUGUUUUUGUGCAUGAGGAAUGGUACUGCAAAGUCCAUCAAGGACGAUGAUCGGCACCACUUGUGCUCUUCGGAUGCUGGUUACGAAGAUGCUUUAAGCAAAGGCAUUUUGUUCUUCGAAGGCCAACGAUCCGGGAAACUGCCGGCAACUCAAAGAGUCGAGUGGAGGGCUGACUCCGCACUCUCGGACGGCUCUCUUGAAAAUGUGAGUUUGAGUGGAGGUUACUAUGAUGCAGGGGACAAUGUGAAGUUUGGGUGGCCAAUGGCAUUUUCAGUGAGCUUGUUGAGUUGGGCUGCCGCUGAAUACGGAUAUGAGAUAGAUUCCGGCAGGCAGCUCCAGAACCUCCAGAGCGCAAUCAGAUGGGGAACGGAUUUCUUACUCCAAGCUCAUAAUUCUUCUACCACACUCUACACUCAGGUGGGUGAUGCGGAUGGAGAUCACGGAUGCUGGGAGCGGCCGGAAGACAUGGACACGGCCCGGACGCUUUACAAGAUCACUUCUACUUCGCCGGGGACUGAGGUGGCUGCUGAGGCUGCCGCCGCGCUCGCCGCUGCAUCUGUUGUCUUCAAAGAGACUGAUCCCAAUUAUUCCGCGCAGCUGUUGCGCCACUCAGAAUCGUUGUUUCAGUUUGCGGACAAGUAUAGAGGAUCUUAUCAGGGAUCUUGCCCUUUCUACUGCUCCUACUCAGGGUAUAAGGAUGAAUUGCUGUGGGCAGCUGCAUGGCUGUACAAGGCAAGUGGAGAUAGCAACUACCUAAACUAUGUCUCCACCAAUCAGGAUUGGAGUCAGCCUGCUUCCGAGUUUAGUUGGGACAGCAAAUUUGCUGGAGCUCAAACUUUACUAGCCAAGGAAUGUCUUGCAGGGAAGACAGACCUGUUGAGGUAUAAGAAUGAUGCGGAUUCAUUUGUCUGCGCGUUGAUGCCGGGAAGCAGCUCUGUCCAGAUUAAGACAACCCCUGGUGGGCUGCUGUAUACUAGAGACAGCAGUAACCUACAGUAUGUUACUAGUGCUUCCAUGGUACUUCUUAUCUACUCCAAGUUUCUAGCCGCAGCUCGUGUCGGGGGUGUUCAGUGUGGAUCUGUGAACUUUUCCACCACCAACAUUACAGCCUUUGCCAGAUCACAGGUAGACUACAUUCUUGGAAGCAAUCCCAUGAACAUGUCUUACAUGGUUGGCUUCGGCACCAAAUUUCCGACACAGUUACACCACAGAGGCGCUUCCCUGCCCUCAAUCCACACCAGUCCUGGCGAAAUAGGCUGCAAAGAUGCCUACUCGACUUGGUAUACUUCCCCUAAACCAAACCCCAACACUCAUGUGGGUGCAAUUGUUGGGGGCCCCGAUUCCAACGACCAUUUCACUGAUUCGAGAUCAGAUUUCUCGCAUUUGGAGCCAACAACGUAUAUGAAUGCGGCUUUUGUCGGAUCCCUGGCUGCUUUGCUUGCCCAAACCAAACAAGAGUGUUUACACUUGCAUGCUAAUAGGCCAAGUGUGGUCGAUUAUUGACAACUAUAUAUUGAUCCGUAGAUUGCUUGUCUUUUUUUAGUUUCCGCUAAUGUUAUCGGAAUAAUUUUAGAUAUUGAUGGUACAGUGAAAUAUUUUCAAGA